GGAGCGAGCGGCGACGAGAGCGGAGGGCGGCCGGAAAGCAACCAGGGCACCCAGGCAGGAAGGAGGCGCAGUGCACCGCCGAGGUUUCCACAGCACCACGACCACGACGACAUCGCGCAGACAACCGGAACGCAGUCGGGCAUGGCAGUGAAUGUGUACGCCACGUCCGUGUCCAUCGACAACCUGAGCCGCCAUGACAUGUUGGCGUGGGUCAACGAUUCCUUGCAGCUCACCUACACCAAGAUCGAACAGCUCUGCUCAGGGGCGGCGUACUGCCAGUUCAUGGAUAUGCUGUUCCCGGGGUGCAUCCUCCUGAAGAAGGUCAAGUUUCAAGCCAAACUGGAGCACGAAUUUAUCCACAACUUCAAAGUUCUGCAAGCCGCCUUCAAAAGGAUGAGCGUCGACAAGAUCAUUCCGGUGGAAAAACUGGUCAAGGGCAAGUUCCAGGACAACUUUGAGUUUGUCCAGUGGUUCAAGAAGUUCUUUGACGCCAACUACGACGGGAAGGAGUACGACCCGAUGCUUGCCAGACAGGGACAAGAUGUGCCCCCCGCCCUCAAUCCAGGUGAUCACUUUAGCCACAAACCAAAGAGAACUCCAGCAGGACCGCAGAGGACGUCGCCGACGGUGCCCAAAAACAUGCCGACGCCGCAGAGGGUCCAACACAACACCCCGGCCUUGAGGAAGAACCCGAGCCUGUCCCGGAAUGGCGGCAGUGACGCCGAGAUCACGGAGCUCAAUCAACAGUUGAUGGAGUUGAAGCUGACGGUGGACGGCCUUGAGAAGGAGAGAGACUUUUAUUUCAGUAAACUACGAGACAUCGAGCUCAUCUGCCAAGAGCACGAGAGCGAGAGCAACCCGGUGCUCAGCAGGAUAAUCGACAUCCUUUAUGCCACGGAGGAGGGAUUUGCGCCUCCGGAAGAUGAAGAAUUUGACGAACGAGCCCACCUGGACCAGGAUGAAUACUGAACGCCACCCUCCUGCUCCCCCCCUUUUCCUUUUUCUGUGAUUGAUUUCUACUCUUUGUGCACGCGCUUCCCGACUCAAAUCAAACUCGCCGCCUACCCCGCCCUCACUCGAUCGUCCUUCCCUGUCCGUCCUCGUCGCACAUUAUUGUUAUUAUUAUUCUUUUUUUUUUUUGCCCUCAUCCGACACGCCAUCGCACGUCAUCACGGUUAGCCAACAGUAAACCGUGCGACUUCUCCGCUUUUACGCUCAGCAUGAGCCAAGAAGACUGUCCGGAUUUUGGAUUUUUUUUUUUCUCAAUAGGGACUUAUUUAUUUUGCCUUGCGUGCGCGGCCUCGCAGCACUUUUUCAACAGCAACAGAACUCAAGUGGCUUUUGAAGAGCAGUUUUUUUUAUUUAUUUAACUUAUCGUUAUUGUUUUUUUUUGGGGGGGGGGGAGGUUCAAUCUCCUGUAGCAGAAACCUACUGUAUGAGAAAACCUGAGGCCAAGCUUUUUGGUUUCUUGCUCGAGCGGGUUUAGAGUACGUAGAAUGAGGGAGGGAGGGGGUGGAUACUUUGAAGAAGGUGAUCGGAAUGCAUUGAUUGAUUCUUAUUAUUGGCCAGCCACAUAUCUGAGCAUGAGAAUGUUAUACAUUGACUGUGAAUGAGUGAUAUUUUGUAAAAAGUUAUUUAAUGUGGAGAUUCUUUUUUUUUUUCAAGCCGGUUACCGGAGUGGCCCUUUUUAGGGUCGUCAAAAUGACGGCCAAUCAGAGGUGGCAAAUCAAAUGAUUGACAUGUUGACCACCUCAUGCCGGCACAAACGGUGACAGAACAAGUUGGCGGAACGGUCAAGUCGUAAACGGAUCUCAUCGCCUGGACUGCGAACGCCGCCUUCGUCGCUGUCGGGAUAAGUGAAGCCGCCGGUGGCCAUCUUGGGUUGCCAUUGUCUGAGCGCACCAGAGUUGAAUACCUUGAUAUCUCCGCGCCGUUUUCACCUUAUUUCCUGUCUCGAUGACGAAAAUGACGACUGACAAUCCAGGUUGUCACAUAA